GUCUAUUUUUGCUACAGUAUUGUAGAAAAUUGAUUUUCAUUUCAAAAUAACACAACGGGAAAAUGUUUUUAAUGUAUUUCAUUAUAGUUCUAUCGGCGAAAGUAAAUUUAGCCCACAAAGAUACAAUUCCAGUAUUCCUGAUCGACCAUGAAGGUGUUAUGGAUCAUUUAUUUGUGAAUACAAAUCCAUUUAUUAAAACAAGCACAACUUAUUUCGCCAAUGUUGUCCGUGAAGCAAUAAAACUCAGUGAAGUGGUCAUUUUAUUCGUUGAAGAGUUAUUUUGUAUUGAAGAUGUUUCCACAAAGGAUAAAUUGGGGACGCCAUAUCUGCAUCUAAGAAAGGGCAUCCAAGAAAGUAAAGUGAAAUAUUUUCCCGGCGUAGUGGAGCCGUACAAACUUCUGUACCAGGUUUUCCGUCCCCAACAAUUUAACGUUUACCACCUAAGUUCUGGCGCGAAACUGCAGACUUUUGAUGGACGUUUUAAAUAUAUUUACGUUUUUUUCCAUGAUGGCGUAAACGAGACGCGCGCGGAAAUGCUUAGACGUCAUGAUUUGAUCAUGACAGAAGUGUAUUUUGUUGUCAGACAAUUGGCCAAUGGUCCUGUACUCGCUUUCUAUACGGGGAAAGUUAAUCCGGUGGAAAUUGAGAAGUUGUACUUCUUCCCGAUCUCACCGUCUCCACCUGCAAGGAACGGGGUCACGAUCGAGACUGAUGGCGCUUUGUUCCGGUUCACUGAGGUUUACAUGGCAACACAGACGCGUCGCGCCACCUUCAACCAGCUGCCGGCGGUGACAGACGAGACCUGGACGAGGGAGAAGCUUGUCACGAAAAUGGCAUACACGGAUUUCGACCUGCUCUUCAAUUUUAGCUUCCAAAAAGAUGGAUGGUUGCUCGAGAGUGUUGCACUACUGGAAGGGGGUGAGGAAGUGGGUCGUACAGAGAUGGCGGUGGGUGCUCCGUGGAGGUGGGCGUACUAUUGUGGGGAGCCGCUCGUACUCCUGAACUCGAGGGAUGGCAGCGCGGUCACCAUUGAACAGUACAAGAUCCAACCAUUUAAAUCUGACCUAUGCUACCCUGGUGAGGACUGCUACAAACAGCCACUUCGCCGCUGGAGCACCACACGAUCUAUGAGAAACUUGGCAAGGAUCUACGACAAUAAUAGUCAAGGCCCUGUUAUUGCUAGGGGUGGUGACAAAAUACCCUCAGACGAGAGCAAAGGCUUCGGAAAGACGGUCAAUUGUGGACCGUACUUUAAUAUCCACAUUUUAUCUGCUUUCUUUAUAACUGGCAUUUGCCUAAUUGUUUUAAUUUACGGUGUAGUUUCACUAUAUAAUUGUGCAUCUAACGACAGAUUUGAUGAUCCAUACGGACGGCCGUUGGUGAUGACAGAUCAACAUUAAUUGUUUAGAAACUAGGAGUGAAAUAGGUGAUCGAAGUUUGUUUAAUGAAUAAAUUUUGAUUCCUAUUUUGUUUUUAAACUAGGGGCGAAAUUGGGAAUCAAAAUUUGUGUAAGUGGAUAAAUUUUGAUCCCUAUUCUAUUUUUAAACUAAGGGUGGAAAUAGGAGAACAAUGUUUGUGUAAGUGGAUAAAGUUUGAUCCCCUAUUCUGUUUUUAAACUAGGAGCAAAAUUGGGGAUCAAAGUUUGUGUAAGUGUAUAAACUUUGAUCCCUAUUUCAGCCGCUACCAGAUUACUUUACUAUAGAUACUUUAUGUCUGUUGUAGUAGAGUUUUAUUUUCAUUUCAAAAUUAUGAUCAGUUGAGUCGUUUUAGCCGUGAAAAUAUAACACACCCAGUUGAUUUUAAGUGAAUGCAUAGCGAAUAAGUCGCAAUGUUUGUUAUAAUAUAAUUGAAAUAAAAGUACUUAAAAAGCUUU